AUUUUGAUAUAGUGAUAUCUUAUAGUUUCAUAGUGGUUCAGUUGUCUUACUUAAUACUUCAUCUUCUUACGUGUCAUAGGAAAUACCCAGAAAACUAGUCUUGAUUUAAUAUUUAAAAUAGAUACCUACUUAUAUUAAAUUAAUUAAUUUUGAAAAUGACAGGACGUGCAUUACAUUUUGUGUUUAAAGUAGCCGAGAGAACAAAAACUAUCAAGUUCUACAGAGAACUGUUGGGAAUGAAAGUAAUAAUAGUGUAUAUUAUAUAACUAUUUUUAGUAUUUUCAUUUAUUUAAAAAAUACAUUUUCCAUAAUAAAUAUACCUAAAUAUUGUAUUUAUUUAGAUUUUGAGACACGAAGAGUUCACUGAAGGUUGUGAAGCUGCAUGUAAUGGGUAAAUAUAUUAAUAUAAUAAUAAUAUUAUAACUGUUAAUAGUAUAAAGUAUGGUUAACUUACAAACCCUCAUAGAGUAAAACAUAUAGUAUAGCAUACCUACUACCUAUUUAAUUAUUAUCUAUGUUAUAGACCAUACGAUAACCGUUGGAGUAAAACUAUGAUGGGUUACGGACCAGAAGAUACACAUUUUGUGAUAGAACUAACCUACAAUUAUGGUGUUGAUGAUUAUAAACUUGGAAAUGAUUUUCUUGGCAUUACAUUAAAAUCUUCAAAAGUACUAGAAAAUGCUAAAACUUUUGGUUGGCCCAUUGAAGUAGAAGACGAUACUUCUUCAUAUGUUGUAGCACCUGGUGGAUAUAAGUUUUAUGUGAUUGAUGAACCUCAACCUGUUGAUAAAGGUAUGUUUAUAAACCCAAAAUAUAUUAAUUUAAAUAAUAAUAAUAAUAAUAUGGUCUAAUUUUAACCAUAGAUCGUAUAAAAAUAUAUAUAAAUAGGUAAAUUAUGCUAUAACCUAUGUUAACAUGUUGUGUAUAAUUUGAAGUUAUUUGUUUAAUUUUGUUAUAAUUUUACUAACAAAUAAAAAAAAAAAAAAACAAAUAGAUAAAAUAUUACUUUUUUUAAUUAGUUCUUUUUGUUAAAAAGAUUGCAAUCGUGGAAAAAAAAGUUAUGUUAAUAAAACUUAAGGGUUUGGGUUUAGACAGAAUUUUGAUUGAUAAACAAGUUUACUAGGUUUUGAUGGAUGUGAUUUUAAAUGUUCUGAAAAUGAUAUAGAUAUGCUAUGAUAGAUAAAUAAAAAACACCAUAUUUUUGUUCAUUGAUAUUGCAACUGGUCAUAACCGUCAUAACCUAGUAAACUUAUUCAUCAGUUAAAAUUAAAUUUUACCAAACCCUACCCUAUGUUUUUGUCUAACUUUUCAAUAUAAAACGUCAUAUUUGUGCGUAAAAAUAACCAAACUUCUUCCCCUAGUGAAUAUUGGACAGAAGAAAUCUUACCAUUAAAGUGGUCAUUAUAUAUAAAAACAUAUUCUAAUUUUACAAAAUUAGAACAUUUUGAAAUUCAACUCCUUAAACUAAAUUUUAAAAUUAAUUUAUGUGUAAUUAUUAAUUAUCAUCAAUCUUUAAAUAAUUUAGUCUAGGUCCUACUAUAUAAUAUGUAUAGUUAUAUAUGCCAAUGUAAAUUAAUAUUUGUAUCGUUUGUAAAUAAUUAAGUUAAAUUAAAUUAUUUUAGAUCCUAUUGUUAAUGUCAUGUUAUCAUCUACAAAUUUAACAAAUUCUGUGAAAUUUUGGAAUGGCAUACUUGGUUUGAACAUUUUUAAUCAAACAGAAUCUUUGGUAGAAUUAGGAUUUGAUGAUGAUCAAGCCAAACUUAAAUUAAGAGAUAUCGGUAGGUCAUUUUUAAAUACUUAUUUUAUGAACAACGAGUUUUAAAAUUGAUACAUUUUUAUAAUAAUAAUAUUUUGAUAAUAUGAUUGUAGGAGAGCCAAUUAAUCACGCAACAGGAUAUGGAAGAAUAGCGUUUUCAGUUCCUACGUCUGAUUUAGAAAGUUACCAAAAAAAAGCAAAAGAUAAUCAUUAUACAAUUUUAACUCCUUUCGUAACUUUAGACACACCAGGGAAAGCCUCAGUGUCUGUUGUGAUAUUUGCUGACUCUGUAAGUAUUAAUUAUUUCAGUACCUAUUAAAGUACCUUUAUUUAAAUUUCAAUGUAUGCUUUAUGUGAUGACUAAAGCUAGGUGGGUGCUUAAAAAAAUUAAUUUACAAAAUUUUUAAAGUAAUUAAUUCAUGUUAUUCUAUUAUUCUAUUUUGUUUACAGGAUGGUCAUGAAAUUUGUUUUGUUGGAGAUAAAGAAUUCAGGGAGUUAUCUCAGUUUGAUCCGAAUGCAGAAAAGCAAUUAGAUAAAUAUAUUGUUAAAGAUGAAGCAAGAAAAUUAAAAAAUUAAAUUCUAAAGAUUAAAAUCUAUAUUUAUUAUACUUAUUUUCUAUUAAAUAUUUUUAUAUUUAUGUUUUUUGAAAUUUUUAAAAGUAACCUAAAUUUAUUUGUAUAAAUAUUAUAGUUUUAUAUUUUGUUAUUAUUUGUGAUUCUCAUAAGGAAGGUGUUUGUUUUAAAAAUUAAUUCAAUAUGCAUAUAAUAUAAAACCUUUAUCAUUUUCA